AUGCAGACAGUAGUGGGAUAUGAGCUGCGUUUGCAUCAUGCACAGACGCGUACACGCCGACGAGCCCUUCUUGGGCCUACAAGAUCGUCCGACGAAACGAGAGCUGAAGCUCUCGCCAACACUGAACGAGUGGUGGACGAGGCCAAUGCUGAGCAUGCAGCAGGCCAGAAGAGCUUCUUUAUGGGCUACAACGAGCUCAGCGACUUGACCGACGAACAGUAUCGCGCAUUUUUGACCUCCAGACCGGACAGAGAUUCACCCAGACGGAAGCAAAGGAAGAAAGAACCGAAUAGACGCAAGAAAGGCAAACAGGUUACCAUUAGCUUUGAAAUAGACGACGGAUCGAGUGAAAGUGACGAUGAAGAAGAAGAUAUUGAGGUGCCGAUAGAGCUAGACUGGACUACCAAGGAUGGUGGCAAGUAUAUGACGCCAAUUAAAAACCAGGGAACGUGUGGAAGCUGCUGGGCCUUUGCCGGCGUCGCAGCGGUGGAGUCGAGAUAUGCUAUUGAGAAUAACGUACAGGCGUCUCCGUUGAGUGUGGAGCAAGUGUUGAGCUGCUCGGCAGAUUUGGAUCAUAUCCGGAGUAAGUUUGAGGACAACAUGACCAGCUCGUCCGAAGGGUGUGCGGGUGGCAUGCCGUUCCUCACAUACAUGUACCUACAGCUCGCUCAGCCUCACGGGAUCUCAUGUGAAAGUGCGUAUCCGUACGUGAUGGCAACGAACGAGACGCACCCUCAAUGUUCGUCGUCACUAACGUCUCAAGUGGCUGUGGCUUGGAAGUCGAAUGGGUCGGCCUACAAGCUAGUGGCAGCGAGUGAGAAGGCGCUGCUCAAAGCUGUGACGAGUGGACCUGUCACUGCCAACAUUGACGCUACAGGAAGUGGCUUCCGUCAUUAUGCAGGCGGGAUCUACGAUGCGAAAGACUGUCUUAGUGAUGGAGACGAGGUCAACCACGCUGUGGUGGUCGUAGGCUUUGGUGAGACUGAAGCAGGUGAGAAAUUCUGGGUUAUCCGUAAUACGUGGGGUACUAUGUGGGGAGAGGAUGGCUACAUGCGCAUAGCUCGUGGUAGUCACGUGGGGAGCUAUGGUCCGUGUAACCUGUACGUGUACGCAGACUACCCGGUGAACCUCACCGUUGGCUCCAAUGCAACAAGUGGCGAACCUUCGUGUCCUGUAGCAGCGUCUAAGUUCGAGUCGCUUCCGCUUAUGAAGCUGGUAGGACUAUCAGGAAACCAGAUUGUGAUGCUGGUACUGUGCACUGUUCUUACAGUUCUAGCUGGCGUAACACUGUAUCAUGGUACCGAGUUUAUCCAGAACCGGAAGGAAGCAGCAGGAGAACUUCGGUACCAGGACAGCUACGCUCGAUGGAUAUUACCUUCUCGCGACCAGAUCGCCGCUGCUCUUGCUCAACGACGCCAGCGACCUGCAACUGAACAAUAG